GGUGUAGUGGUAUUGUUAUCGGCGGUCCUGAUGGACGUGCUAGUGUUAAAUUGAUUGUUUUUUUUUAAACUGCGUGAUGAAAACAAUGAAGAUGCAAUUUGCCGGAGUUUGUGCAGCCCUCUUUUCGCUGCUGGCCCAGCAUACCACCGCAAUCACCACCGAGAUCAUCGAUGUGGCGCCAGAGGAAGUGCAGAACUCCCCCGAAUAUUGUGCCACGUGCGUCAAAGUGGACUCCAUUUGCUACAACCGCUCUUAUCUCUUCGAGCUCACCGCUAAUUUUAGAAAGCACGUCGUCAUCAAGAAAAUGGGCAUCCUGAGAUCCGAUAACGUCUUGUACUACAGUUUUGAACCGAAACUCGAGGAUCCAGAGUACUUUAAAGUUGCCUACGUCUCUUUAGAUUCACCAGCAUUCUUUAAUGGUACGAUCAAUGAUGGGAACACAAGCGUCACCUUUAAUUUUUCGGUAUUUGAUUUUAAUCAAAAUGAAAACAAAAUAUAUCUAGGUGGUUCUGAUGGUAUAUGGGCUCUUGAAGAGGCAAAUACAGACCGCCCAGUUUUAAAAUUCUUCGCUGCUAAAGGUCAUAAAAUUACUGAUCUUGUUUCGAAGGACUAUGUAUAUUUUACAGAGACAGAUUCUCAAGGAAUAAUUAAAGAUAAGAAUGGUCGCUUUUUUAGAAAAUUGGAAAAUAAAACUAUAGAAAGAUUUGUUUUGGACAAAGAUGUCGAGUAUACAGUGGUUUAUUUACAUUCUACUGGGUUGUAUGCUUUCAAUAGUAAAACUAACGAAGAUGUUAGGUUGUCGACGAAUCGUUUCUUCAGAGGUCUUACAGUAGAUUUGGAAGGGAUAGUAUAUGCUUGGUAUAUAGAUGGAAUAUAUAAAGUAAUUCUAGACAGUGUUUUGGCACAUUCGACAGUAAGACGAGUUUCUAAUGUUGAAGUAGGUGCUAUGACGUUUGAUAAUUCUAAUAAUAUAAUAUAUUCGAAUGAAAGGUCUUUGUAUAAGUUGACUAAAACAGAUACUACUAAAUGUUAGGUAGUAUUAGCAUUGUAAUCCUAAAACUUAAAAAUAAUGAGUACAAAGAAACCGGUACCUAAUUCU